AUGGUAUGUUUUUUAUUUUGGCAUAAUCUGAGCCAGGGCCUUGUAGGCAUUUUUGAUCGGAAGGCGGGGGUCGAAAGAAUCCACAGGGGGGACCACGUUCAACUUUUCACAAAGAGUAGGAUAGGUUAAGGUAGGGUAGGGUAAGGUAGGAUAGGGUAGGGUAGGGUAGGGUAGGGUAGGGUAGGGUAGGGUAGGGUAGGGUAGGGUAGGGUAGGGUAGGGUAGGGUAGGGUAGGGUAGGGUAGGGUAGGGUAGGGUAGGGUAGGGUAGGGUAGGGUAAAGUAAAGUAAGGUAAAGUAGGGUAGGGUAAAGUAGGGUAGGGUAGGGUAAAGUAGGGUAGGGUAGGAUAGGGUAGGGUAGGGUAAACGCUAUAUUUUUCAAAUUUUUUUAGAAAAACGCUAUGACGAUCUCAACCCCAAUAACAAUAUUAUGCUUGGUACUGUUCUUUGCUUUUACAUUGUUAACGUACUGGACGUUACUAAAAAAGCAAGAAAUUAGUAAUUGCAUGCCAUAUUCACAAGAAAUGUCACAAAACAAAGAAAAUGAAAUGAUUUCAUCGGGUUAUUAUGUUGCUUCAUAUUUAACAGAGGGUGACUAUCACAAUAUUACUGGUGACAGUCAUGUAAGAGAUCUCCAAUUAAACGUUAAAAAUUUUUUAAAUUUUAAGAGUACAAUAACUAUUUUUCUGCUUUAUUUUUAUCUCUUUCAUCUUAUUUUUCUUUUUUUCUCUUCAGGUUUCAUGUCUUUUUCUUUACGUUUUUCUUCUUUUUUCUUCUUUUUUUUUGUAUUUUUCUUAAUGUUUUUCUUCUUUUUCGUUUUCUUCAUUGUGUUUUUCUAUUUUUUUCAUUAUAUUCUGCUUUUCCUUCUUCUUUUUCAUGUAGUUCUUCUUCUAUUUUAUAUAUUUCUUAAAGUUUUGUUUAGAUUGAAGAAAAUUUCACGAUAGAAACGCCAGACUUCUUACUAAAUCAAUGUAAAUAUAGAUCAGAAUGCCUCAAUGGAAGGGUUUCAAUAGACAACCGGCUUAGGGUAAGUAUAAUAUAUUGGAAAGGGUAAAAUUUUUACGAAGUUCAACUUUUAAUCAGUUCAGCGUUAGGCAGUUAACAAUACAUUUCAGUACUCAACAAAGCACAAGAUAGUCGGAUGUUUAGCCGAAAAUGACAUGACAAAAGUAGUGGAAACAAUGACUUGUUACCUAUAUGAUCAAAAGAUGUUCAACAGAGCUAAGACCUUCUUGAAGUAUAAUGAAAUGAAAAAGUAAGUUUGUCCUAGCUCAGAGCCCUAGCCCAGAACCCUAGCCCAGAGCCCUAGCCCAGAGCCCUAGCCCAGAGCCCUAGCACAGAGCCACAGCCCAGAACCCUAGCCCGGAGCCCUAGCUCAGAGCCCUAGCACAGAGCCAUAGCCCAGAACCCUAGCCCAGAGCCCUAGCCCAGAGCCCUAGCACUGAGCCAUAGCCCAGAACCCUAACCCAGUGCCCUAGCCCAUAGUUCUAGCCCAGAACCCUAUCUCAAAGCCCUAGCCCAGAGCUCUAGCUCAGAAUCCUAAUUUAGAGCCUUAGCUUAGAGCAUUAGCCCGUAGCCCUAACUCUAGUCUAGAAACCAAGCCCAGAGCCUUAGCUCUAGCCCUAGCGCUAGCUUCAGCUUUAUCCUUCUCCAUCUAGCCUCCUACCACCUAGCCCGUAAUAGACAUGAAGAACAAGCCAGGCUUAAGUGUUAGGCUCAGUCCGAUCUAAAUUUUGCUCAAGGCUGCCCCGGCAGGAUCUAAAUUUUAGUCAAGGCCGGGCCGGCUCGUUUCUCGUGUCUACAGCCAAUCCCCCUAACCUUAGCUUUAACCUUAUUUCUAGCUCUAGUCCUCCUUAGUUUAAAAAAAUUCCACUUCUUUAGGUUCUGCAUAGUAGUAUCAGAAGAGCGGUCGAUACCGAAGAUUUGGGCUGACUUUUCCAACCAAAACAUAGAUAUUAACAGUGUCUUACAUUACGCAGUAAUUCAAGAUCCUCUACAACGAUUUGUUGGGAAAUACAUUGACUAUUGCCUACGGUAAGUUGUAUUAGGGUAGGAGGUGGACCUGGCUUUCGGGUUGGGCUCAAAAGUUGGUUUGGCCCGGUCCGAAAGGCAGGUCUAGUAGGAGUAAUCUAUAUGGUUGAACUAAAAGUAGCGGGGCAGUUUUAUUUGAAAAGUAAAUUCGAAAUGUCCCAUUACUUUUGGUUCAACUCAAUAUAUAACAUUAGUCUUAAAUCUUACUGUAAUUUUAGUUCCCAAGCUUUCCAAAACUCAACCCACUGCCUCUCUUGUCAUCACAACAUAACCUGCUUCCUGGGUAAUCUACACUCUCAUCUACUACAACAUAAAAACAGCUCAUUAGCAUACGAGUUCUCACCACAAUCUUGGUAUUGCGACUUCAAUCGUCAUUUACAAAACUUCAAAAUUGUAAAAUACGAGGAGUUUCAUAAGGACUUGCCUAAUGUGUUUAUGCAAAUUAAAGAAUUUGGUAGUAAGAAUGGAGUGACACAAGAUGACAUAGACAAUGUUCAUGUUGACUUUGAAAAGGAGGUCUGGAAGGAGGAUAAGGUUGCUGACAAUUUGAAAGAAUUUUUUGUAAGGAAGAUUAAAAGCAACAAAAAGUUGCUGGAGUUGUUCUUGAAAGUGUAUCAUAUCGAUUAUAUUAGCUUUGGGUUUGGGUUGGAAUGA